AGCAGCAGCAGCAGCAGCAGCAGCAGCAGCAGCAGCAGCAGCAGCAGCAGCAGCAGCAGCAGCAGCGAGAAGCUCGCGCUGCAGGCCCUUUCUUACCUGCUGCUGGGCACUCCCGCCAGCCCGCUUUAUAAGGCGCUGGCCGACAGCCAUUUGGGGCGCGCGGUGGUGGGCGGGGGUCUCAGUCUGGAUUUGAAGUACGCCACUUUUUCCGCGGGCCUCAAGGGAGUGGCGCAGCGAGAGGGCGCAGCAGCAGAAGUGGAGGCCGUGGUGCUGCAGUGUCUGCAGCAGCUGGCGGAGACAGGAUUUCCUGCUGCUGCUGCUGCUGCUGCUGCCAACACUUUGGAGUUUAGUUUGAGAGAAUUAAACACCGGCACUUUCCCGAGAGGACUUAGCCUUAUUCUCGACAUGGACACGGAAGCAAAUUACGACAGAGACCCAAUAGCUGCGAUAUCUUUUGCUGCUCCUUUGAAAGAACUUCGCGAAAGAAUGCAAAAAGAAGAAGAUCUUUUCCAAAACCUGAUUAAAAAGUACCUGCUGGAGAACCCGCACCGCGUGACUUUGCGGCUGUAUGGAGACCCCGAAAUGGAAGCUCGAGAAGCAGCAGAAGAAAAAAAAAAACUUCAAAAAAUCCAAAACGAAUUAACUCCAGCUCUUGUCGAAAACAUUCUUUCGGACCAGAUUGCCCUCAAGCAGAGACAGGCGAAGAACGAAAUCCCGUCUUCUUGCUUUCCCGUGGAAGGAGUUGGGGUGGUUUCGCACGAGCUGCAAACGCGGGGGGUUUUGUACGCGGAGGUUUAUUUUGCUGCUGCUGCUGUUGCGCUGCAGCAGCUGCCGCUGCUGCGGCUGCUGGGGCGGCUGCUGCUGGAGACGGGGGCGGGGCAGCUAAACCCUCAGCAGCUGCAGCACCAAAUUGCAGAAACCACCGGAGGGUUUAGGGUUUCCCUGGACUUCAGGUCCCUCAGCAAAACCCCCAACACUGUUCCAGACCCCCUCGACAGCCUCGGCUUCCUCGUGCUCUCCGGGAAAGCGGAGACAGACUGGCCGUCUUUGGCAGCAGAGUUGGAGAGUUUGCGCAGCAAACUGCUGCAGCGGGAAAACACUUUAGUGAACUUAACUGGAGACAGCAGCAGCUUAGCUGCUGCAGCAGCAGGCGAGGGUUUGGAGGCGCUGCGGGGUUUGCUGGGGGGGCUGCCUGUGGGGUCUGCUGCAGCAGCAGCAGCAGCAGCAGCAGCAGCAGCAAACACCGAAACCAUGCUUUCCACUCCUUUUGGACAAAGAGGCUUCGACAGAAAACAAUUUUGGGUUUCCCAAAUUGAGCAGCAGCAGCUGCUGAACAAACCCGUCAGAGAAGCACUUCUGGUCCCCACAAAGGUCAACUACGUGGGCCUGGGCGGGCGCGUGUGGGGUGUGGGGCGGGAGGUGUGGGGCCCCGGGUUUGUGGGGUGUGGGAUCGUCUCCUCCCAGCACUUGUGGGGUCUUGUAAGGGAGCAGGGGGGGGCCUAUGGCAGCAGUUUGCUGCUGGAUGCUUCGGGGUUUUAUUCUUUUGUGUCUUAUAGGGACCCUUUGCUGCAGCAGACUCUUCGGGUGUAUGCGCAGACACCCCAGUUCCUGCUGCAGUGGGCUGCUGCUGCCACCCCACAAAAACUCCAAAAGGCCGUUUUGGCUUUUCUCCGCGAAGUCGACUUUCCCCUUCCUAAUGACAAAAAGGGGACUAAGGCUUUUUGGCAGCUGCUGGCCAGGCAGCAGCAGCAGCACAGACACAAGUUCCGGCAGCAGGUGCUGAAUACCACCAAAGAAGAUAUUAUAACUUUUGCCAAAAGCCUCGCGGAAGCAAUGGCAGACACAAAGACAAACAACUAUGUUGCUGUUGUGGCUUCGCCAGCAGCAGCAGCAGCAGCAGCAGCAGCAGACCCCACACUCCAGCUGAAGCACAUGGAAGUCUUCGACAAAGAACACCAAGAAGUCCCCAACGCCGACGGAGAAGAAAUCUAUGCUGCCUCCUAA